AUGGUGAGCGAAGUGUUACUGAGUGAGCUCAUGGCCUGUAACCUCAUUACAGACUACGACAUAGAGAAAAUCAAGUCUAUUCCCACAAGAUAUGACAAAGCAGGGCACAUCUUGGACGUGGUGAAAACCAGAGGUCCAGAGGCUUUUGAAAAGUUCCAGGAGGUUCUGAGGAAUACAGAGCAAAGGCACCUGGCAGACCUGCUGGACAGGCCAUCUGGGAAGGUGUUCUAUACAGCAGUCCCAGAAAAUCAAGAUCGUCUUGCAGCCAUGUGUCCUGAAAUCGAGUACAAGAACAAUUCCGAACCAAGAGGUCGUGCACUCAUUAUCAACAAUAAGAGAUUUUCCGUGGACUGGCUUCCAGAACGUGAUGAUACCGAGGUGGAUGUUGCUGCCUUGAGGAAACUAUUCGGUUACCUCCAUUAUGAGACUGACGUUAUCAGUAACCUGACUGCAGAUGAAAUGAUGGAAGAAAUACAGCAAGAAAGUCGUAGAGACGAUCACAAGAACUACGAUUCUUUCAUCUUGUUUCUACUGAGCCAUGGUACCGAGGGUGCUGUUUAUGGAACGGAUGGUUAUCCAUUGCCCUACAAAUACAUUAAAUACAUUUUGAAUAACAAGAAUUGUCUCGGCCUGUUAGGCAAACCCAAAAUGAUAUUUAUUCAGGCUUGCCAGGGAAAGAUAUUGGACAGUGGGACACUCCUGGACGGACAAACAGUUCAACAACCACAGCAAGCACCACCUGCAGCAAACCUUGACGAUAAGGUGCCCGAUGCGCCACUCGAGAUUCCAAAUCUACCCAGUGAACCGACCAUGUCCGAUAUUCUCGAGGUCCAUGCGACUUCACCAGGGUACGUAUCUUGGCGACGCACGGGAAAGGGAACAUGGUUUGUUCAAUCCAUUGUCGAUAUAUUUCAUCGUGAAGCACACAAAUAUGACGUUUUACAAAUGUUAGUGAAUGUCAGUGCCGCGCUCUCUCAAAUGCAAACUGUAAAGGGCAACAAACAGGCGCUAGAGAUAGUUACCAGCUUACGGAAGAAAGUUUUCUUCAACAUAACUCCAGAUGCAGAAUUCCAAACCAUGUUUACUGAACUGAAAUCUCUGUUGUUGUUCCUGUCCCCACUCUACACCAGUGACUACUACGACAAGUUACUGAUUGUUCCACUACAUGUAUAUGCAGCAGCCUUUCCAGAAAAUCAAGAUCGUCGUGCAGCCAUGUGUCCUGAAAUCGAGUACAAGAACAAUUCCGAACCAAGAGGUCGUGCACUCAUCAUCAACAAUAAGAGAUUUUCCGUGGACUGGCUUCCAGAACGUGAUGGUACCGAGGUGGAUGUUGCUGCCUUGAGGAAACUAUUCGGUUACCUCCAUUAUGAGACUGACGUUAUCAGUAACCUGACUGCAGAUAUUUUUUAA